AUGAGACUCACACCAUGCACUGCUCUCGUUGCAGCUCUCCUGACCAAUGUUCUCGCUCAGCCCACGAUCGAAGAGAGGGCCGGGAAGUUCACCUUCUACGACAUGCUCACUCGCGCCGCCGGUCCCUGCGAUCUGUGCACUGGACCAGAUGGUCAAAUCUGGAGCGAAGACAUCUUGGUCAAUAAGCUGUUCAGCAUCAACCCCGAGACUGGCAAGGUCCGCGAACUUGCAAUACCCUUCACAACUCCUCUCAGCAAUGAGACCAUCCCAGGAGUGAGCCAGUCGAUACAAGAUCGCACUGCUCUUUCCUGCGCCAUACGACCUAGAUCGGACGAGAACCUCUAUGCUUACAACGGCCUUCGUAAUCAGCUCGUUCGCAUCAACCCAACCACGAAGCAGAUCAAGGUCCUCCAGGGUCCUGUCAAUCCAGCCGGCGAUCUCCAACCCUUCAACGACAUCACUGAAGCUCCAGGAGGGAUGUACGUCACCCAGACGAGCGGCAACACAUUCCAGUACUACGACUUCUCCGACGAGAGCUUCACGACGUACGAGGUCCCAACUCCAGCAUCAUUCCCGCUUGGCCUCAAAGUCGCCUCAAAUGGCAAGUUGUACGUUGCAGAACUCAUUGGCAACAGAAUCCUCGAGUUCGAUCCCGAGACCAAGGCCAUGAAAGAGUUUCCUCUGCCUUUGCCUCUCCAAGGCCCUGCGGUUGUCCGUGCCGAACGCAAUGGCUACGUCUACUUCUCUCUCUUCACCGGCAACGGGAUUGGUCGCAUCAACAUCGAGACCCACAAGAUCGAUCUGUAUCCCUCCAGUACACAAGGCGGAUUGGGAGCCGAGGACACACUGGACAGCAAAGGCGGUGUCUGGCUCUCCUACUUUACUGCCAAUGUCCUCGCACGGCUCGACACAAAUACGUUCAAGUACAAGUACGUGCCGUUCCCCGAUACCUUCGCCAGAGGAGGUCUCUCUGGUAUUCUGGGCGACAUUCCACCGUACGUCGAUGUCGCCGUUCAUUAUGGCCCUGGUGAUGCCGUAUGGUUUGCCAGCAUCAUCGAAAACAAGGUUGGCCGGUAUGCACUCUCGUAG